AUGGUCACCAAAUACAAGAAUGAGGAGGCUUUGUUAUGCGAUACCAAAUGCCAUAGGACAAGUCUGAAUGUUCCCUACGCAGUUUGUAAAAUGUCGUUAGAGAUUUUGCCUGAAGGUAAGGAAACUGAGGCUGCAGAGCAAUUAAUUAAAUUUCACAAUAUUACACUCUCACCCCGGGCCAGAGGUGGCAUCUUGUCUAAAUGGAGAUGCCUCAUCUGUAUCAGCUUUUUGCUGACCAUUCUCCUGGAACUGACAUGCCAGGGACCUUCUGGGACCUCCUCAUCAAGCACAAAGCUGUUGAUGAAAAUCUAUUCAAUGCAUUCUACUGUGGUUUCCCGCUACGCCCACACCUUGGUCACCUCUGUCUUGUUCAGUCCGCAUGCCAAGGCUCAUGAAGUCAUCUUUGACCUGGAUCUGCCUCGCCUCACCUUUAUCUCCAAUUUCACCAUGACCAUCAACAAUAAAGUCUACAUUGCAGAAGUCAAAGAGAAGCACCAGGAAAAGAAAAUCUAUGAGGAAGCCCAUCAGCAAGGAAAAAAUGCUGCUCAUGUAGGCAUCAGGGACUGAGAAUCAGAGAAGUUUCGCAUCUUCACCAGGCUGGCAACAGCCACAAAGGUGACUUUUCUCGCCUACGAGGAGCUGCUGCAGCGGCACCAGGGCCAGUACCAGCUGGUGGUGAGCCUGAGACCCCAAUUGGUGACAAGGCUGAGUGUAGAGGUCACAGUGUCAGAAAAGACAGGCAUUGGCUAUCUUCACGUACCACCGCUGAGGACCAGCCGCCUGCACACCAACACCCACACAAGUGAGGCUGACUCGCCCCCAUCCACCAGGAUUGAGAGGGGAGAGACCAGUGUCCGAAUUACCUUCUGCGCGACACUGCAAGAUCAGUCUGCCUUCUCCAGUUCAGGUAUCAGGGCCGACUUCGUGGUCCAGUAUGAUGUAGUCAUGGAGGACAUCGUUGGAGACGUGCAGAUUUGCGAUGGCUAUUUUGUUCAUUACUUUGCACCCAGAAGCCUUCCACCUGUUAAGAAAAACGUGGUGUUUGUUAUUGACGCGAGCGGCUCCAUGUUUGGUACCAAAAUGAAGCAGAUUAAAAAGGCCAUGAGUGUGAUCCUUGGUAACCUGCCGGUCAGCGACUACUUCAACAUCAUCUCCUUUUCUGACACAGUUAGUGUCUGGAAAGCCAGAGGCUCCAUCCAGGCCACCAUCCAGAAUGUCCCCAGUGCCAAGGACUACCUGGGGCACGUGGAAGCUGCUGGCUGGACUGACAUCAAUGCAGCUCUGCUGGCAGCUACUUCAGUGCUGAACCAUAGAAACCAGGAGCCUGGGAGGGGUCACAGUGUGGGGAGGAUCCCUCUCAUUAUCUUCCUGACAGAUGGGGAGCCCAUGGCUGGAGUGACAACUCCCAGUGUGAUCCUCUCCAACAUCCGUCAGGCACUGGACAACAGAGUGUCCAAGGUCAGCUUGGCCUUUGGGGAUGAUGCUGACUUCCCACUGCUGCGUCGCUUGUCCCUGGAGAACCAAGGAGCAGCCUGGCCCAUAUGUGAGGACACCAACACAGCCCUACAGCUGGAGGGCCUCUGUGAAGAGAUCUCCAUGCCUCUGCUGGUAGAUGUGCAUCUGGACUACCUAGGUGGCUUGAUUGGGGCCUCACCUUGGGCCUUUUUCCCCAACUACUUUGGUGGUUCGGAGCUGGUGGUGGCAGGCCAAGUGCAACCAGGAGAGCAGGAACUAGACAUCUACCUGGCAACCCGUGGCCCCAGGGGUCGGCUUCUCGGGGCCUGCCACAGUGAGGUGGCCACCAACAGCAGCCAGAAUGUCUUUGGUUGCCCAGGGGAGCCAGCCCCCAAUGUAGCCCACUUCAUACGCUGCCUCUGGGCCAACAUCACCUCUGGAGAACUGCUGGAGGCACACUUCCAAGCUCACGAUGCCAGCACUCACCACCUGCUGGCUUCCAAGGUCCUCAACCUGUCCUUUGAAUAAGAUUUUGUCACACCUCUGACAUCACUGGUCAUGGUGCAGCCCAAAGAAGCCACUGAAGUCAGGAAACAGACUUUCACCGCAGAUGGACUAGGCACCAUCAUGCCCUCAUCCACCAGCAGUCAUGGCCUAAGGGCAGGCACAGCCCAGCCAGCCUUGGUUCCCAAGGUUUCUCCCAAAUCAAGGCUUGUGAAACCAAAGUUCUACUUAUCCUCAACUACUCCUGCCAGUUCCAAGGAGUUGGAGCCACUGGGUCAGAGCCCUAGUACCCCAUACCCUCGCACACCAAAGCCCCAAAUUCCAGCACAACAGGAUUCUGGCAACUUGGCUCAGCCAAUUAGGAUACCACCUGCUGCCUUUGUGCCCUCAAAUUCUGGUGGCCUAUUGCUUCUGAAGCCCAACACGCCAUUACAUCAGAAUUCUGGUACCCUAUUACCCAUGAAUUCCAAGACACAAGUCCCACCUCUGAAUCCUAGCACCCCAGCCCAGCCCAAAGGUGGCUCUAUGAAACAUGUUACUCUGCUGCAUUCCAAACCUGGUUCUCCAUCACAACCUAAAUUAGAUGCCCCAUCACACCCCCAACCUGGGGUACUUACAUCACAGUCACCCAAAAGUCUGUCACAGCCCAGGGCUGGAGUCUCCACACAUCAGUUUUUCAAAUACCCAUCACACACCAGAGCAAGUGUUCCUGCUCCUAAGACCCCAAACAACCUGCCGUACCCUAGACCUGGGAUCCUCUUACCCAAGACCCCUAAAAUCCCAUCACCUCUUAAACCUAGUGCCCCACCUCAUCAAACUCCCCUAAGCUUAUCACUUUCCAAACCUAAGACAACAAUCCCCAAUAAACCCAAAAUCUCAUUACCCUCCAGACCUGACAAACUCAGGUCCCCACCUCCUCAGAGCCUUAGCAUACUUCUAAGCACUAUCUCAAGUCCUACAAGUCCCAGCAGUUCCAUGACAAUUUCUGUCCUUGGAGAGCCCCUCCCUACUCUCUUUCACCCCACCCUGCCCUCUCUGCUGCCCCCUGGAAGGCUAUGGCAUCAGCAUGACCUGUUGCCAGAGCCCCAGUGCACCAGGAAAAUUCUGGGACCAUCUGUGUCAGGAGUCCCAACAAUGGGCCUACCCAACAGCUCCAGGCCUAUGCCAGAAGGCAACCCCCCAAACCUGCCAGUCUUGCUGCCUUCUAGCAUCCUCCCUGAGGCGGUCAUCCUGCUCCUUAUCCCUGAGGAGCUACAGCUGCUGUCUGAGUCAAUGGAGGAGUCCAAAUUUGUGGAGUCCUUGAACCCACCGGCAAAUCCCUUGCACUUGAUGAGGGGUCUGGACUUCCAGUGGCUGUCCAAAGUGGAUGGGGACACCCACUUUGUGAUCCACAGCCCAUGCUCAAAAUAGAGGAUCCACUUCACACUAGAUGGGUGCCCAGGGGACCUACUACAGCUCAUAGAUGACCCAAAGGCAGGGCUGCAUGUACGUGGACAGCUGCUUGGGACACCAUCAAGGCCAGGGCACAAUACCUACUUCCAGACCAUCACAGUUACUAAAGACAAAUCCCAGGCCUACACUAUCACCAUCACCCGCAGUUCCAUAUCCAUGCAAGGUGAGGGUACCUUGCUUCUGUCCUGGGAUCAGUCAGCCCUACUGAAGAGGUCCCAGCUGGAGCUCCAUGCGGCUGCUACAGCCCACCUCAUCCUCUGCCUUGGGCCCCACCUUGAAUUCCUAGUCCUCCAGCACCGCUACCAGAAUGCCAGCACCCUGCAACUACCCCACCUGGGGCUCUAUGUGAUCAGUGGCUCAGGUCUCAGCCCCUUGGCUCGUGGUCUGCUGGAAAAGUGACAUUUCCAGCAUGCAGACAUCCAGCUGGUGGCAGGGCCUAUGGCGCCAAGCUUGAGGAGGCACCAGGACCCAGAUGUGCUUGUGAUCCUAGGCAAGAGGCUGCUGAAGGACUCACCAAGGCUGCCACCCCACUGGGCUUCCUGCUGGCUGGUGAAGCACUCUCAUGUACAGCAGCUGCUGGGCCACCCCUACAUUGCUUAUGUCCUGUGA